ACCCUGUGACCUAAUGUCUAACUCAGUAAAACCAACAUUUUAGUGUGCUUCGGACAAAAUAGAUAAUACUCUAGUAGCUCAUUCGGAUUCGGAUUUCCGCUGUCCUGUUCAGUCUAAAGUUCAAUGCAGCAAUGUCCGGAGAGAACAACAGCAAGAAAAUUAAUGCUGAAUGAACCAACAUGGAGCAGCCAAGUUUCAUUGACAACAAUGAGCCCAAAAACCUCUAACGUUAACAGUUCUCCCAAGAAUGGACAGUGGAUCACAACAAGCAUUAACUGAAGAAUGGCAAGGUUUAGACGAAAAUCUUGCUGUACAUUUAUUGGUUUGGUGUUGCUCAUAUUCAUAGUAACAGUUGUUUUAAAGUCCUUUACACCAGAAUAUUCUCCAUUUGGAAGCAUCUUUGGUCUGGAAUUGUUCCCUAAUAUCAAAGGACCUGGAAAAAAUGACAUUCAAAUGCUUAGUAAUAUUGACAGUGUCGUCCCUGAAGCACUGAACAACAUGAAUGACGUAGACUCUGAGAGGGUCAAGAACGUAGAAGCUGCCCUCAGGCAAUUCCCUGCUCCAAACUACAAUAUUCAUGCCUUUUACUACACAUGGUAUGGCAACACACAGUUUGAUGGAAAGUACAUUCACUGGGACCACCCUCUUCUGCCACACUGGGAUUCAAAGGUGGCAGCAGGAUACCCAAGAGGGAGACACAGCCCACCAGAUGACAUUGGGGCCAACUUCUAUCCUGCUUUAGGAGCUUAUAGUUCCAGGGACCCCUCUGUUAUUGAAGCUCACAUGAAGCAACUGCGAGCAGGAGCUAUUGGUGUUCUUGCUGUUUCCUGGUAUCCACCUGGCAUGAAGGAUGAAAACGGUGAGCCAACAGAUGACAUUGUGCCUUUGAUACUGGAGGUGGCACAUGCAUAUCAUGUAAAGGUUGCUUUUCACAUUGAACCAUACACAGGAAGAGAUGAAACAAGUAUGUUUAACAAUGUCAAGUACAUCAUAGAGAAAUAUGGUGAGCACCCUGCAUUCUACAGGCAUAGAACAAACACUGGCAAGUUUCUUCCUCUAUUCUACGUCUACGAUUCCUAUCUACUCAACUCAGAACAGUGGGCAAAACUCCUUAAACACACCAAAAGCAGUAGCAUUAGAGAUACUCCCUAUGAUGGUAUCUUCAUAGCCCUUCUUGUUGAAGAGAAACACAAGAGGGAUAUCGUCACGGCAGGUUUCGACGGAGUCUACACUUACUUCGCCACCAAUGGGUUUUCCUAUGGCUCCACUCAGCGCAAUUGGGAGUCCAUUAAAACUUUCUGUGAAGACAACAACCUGUUGUUCAUUCCGAGUGUGGGGCCAGGUUAUAUUGACACCAGUAUUAGGCCUUGGAAUUUCCAGAAUACACGCAACCGCAUUAACGGGAAGUACUAUGAAAUGGCCCUGAGUGCAGCCCUAGAAGCUGGUGCAGAUAUUAUAUCUAUAACAUCAUUCAAUGAAUGGCAUGAGGGAACCCAGAUUGAGAUGGCAAUUCCAAAAACAAGCCAGACUGUGUACCUAGACUACUUACCACACAAGCCUGUUGUCUAUUUAGAGGUAACUCGCAAAUGGGCAGCAAUAUUUAGCAAUGAAAGGAAGAGACGGCUAGAAUGAUACGAAAAGCAAGGGCCUAACAUUAAAUCUGACCAGAAAUUGUCUUACACAAUAUAGAUUAUGAAAUUUGACAACAAUAGGGCCCCGUGUGGCUCAGUUGGUAGAGCAUGGCGCUUGCAACGCCAGGGUUGUGGGUUCGAUUCCCACGGGGGGCCAGUACAAAAAAAGUAUGAAUGUAUGUACUUGUAAGUCGCUCUGGAUAAGAGCGUCUGCUAAAUGACUUAAAUGUAAAUGUAAAUAGUGCAUGUGACAGAAACCUAUAUUGACUUUUUAUCCUGUAUGGUAACAUUUAUCAUGGUUUUACAGAUGAACUAAUGAAAGGGCAGCCUUGAAUUGUGUGGUCUUUGUCCUGCUUUAUAUGAUUAUAAUGAUUUGUACUUUAAUCUAUAACUGUUAUAUUUGGGUGGUUUAAACCCCUUCCUGGGCUAAAAAGCACUUUUAAAGGAGGGUCUGAAUUGAAUAUGCUUUUUGUCUCGGAAAUUCUUAACCUGGGUCUGUACAAAACACCACAAUGUGACAGUUCCUACUUCAUUGCACUACUGUAUAUACUGUCUGCUUUUUUUUCUUUUUCUUACCCAUCCACCAAUAGGUGCCUUUUGAGAGGCAUUGUAUAACCUCCCUGAUCUUUGUGGUUGAAUCUGUGUUUGAAAUUCACUGCUUGUCUGAGGGACCUUAGAGAUAAUGGUAUGUGUGGGGUACAGAGAUGAGGUAGUCAU